AUGCGCCACUCGUUUUUCUCGUCUUUGCUUGGACUAGCCACGCUGACGGCUGGCGCAGUCCUGUCGCCACGGGAGAAGGACGUUUCCUUGAAUAAUCAGUGGAAGAACCAUGACCAAAUUGCGGCUUUUCAGCAGCAAACGGCCGAUGGCACCCCAGGCGACAUCGAACUUCGUUUCAAGCCUUGGCUGAACGACGGUAGCGGAUGCUUCCCGCGCGGCCUCAAACCUACGGGCAAGAGUGGAGGUGAUUGUCGGGACUCUGCCAAGGGUCAAAUCUACUCCCGAGUUGGAACCUCGAAUGGGCGUCCGGCCGUUCUCUACUCGUGGUAUCUUCCCAAGAUCCAGACCAAGACCGAGAACCACAGGCAUUGGUACCUCACUACAGUGGUCUGGCUACACACCGAGACCUGCAACGCCGCUGCUGGCAACUACGAUAUUGCGGGCAUCAGCUAUUCCACCGGUACAGAGACAUACGACAAAGGCCUUACCACGUCGACGAUCUUUGCCUCUGGAGACAGCGAAACAGGCGCUACCAACACUCACGCCAUCGUGGGUUACGACGGCCAGGUCAACGUCUUCCCUUCGGCAAACAAUGCUCAGUACGGACUCAGCCCGCCGCUGAUUAGCUGGAGUAAGCUGUCGCCGGCGGCCACGUCGCAGUUCAAGGCCUUCCGUUACGAACAUGCCCGCUGUCCAUUCACCGAUGCCAACAUUCAAGCCUCUCUUGACGCAGCUUACAUCGCGGACUUUUACGCCAAUCUUCCGGCCGAGCCUGACACGAACUGCGGGAUUAUUGCGACCCCCACUACGCCUUCAACACCGGAGGCUUCCUCCACGGGCGUAUCAAGAGACCCAAACACUGACCCUGUGGAAGAUGGACCAGAGAUUCCUAUCUCUUCCUUCCCGGCGGAUCCCACUUACACACCUACUCCCUACAAGAGGCAGUAA